AUGGAGCAGUCGGAGUUCCUAGAACCAAGAUUGUCCUUGGAACAGAGCAGAGAGAGGGUUAUUCAUUCAUUCCUAACUACCAAACCGGAAAUCAGUAAUCUCGGAAGAUCGUCGGUUUUAGAUCAAGUGAAGAGCUUCCUCCCCACCAUGGCGACUGCGGACAAAGAUCUGAAGACCGCGAUCAAGAACGGAUUGGGUGAGAAGUUGAAUGUGGAGAAUGUGCAGGAAGAUGAGAAAUAUAUUGAGAUGGAUGUGGCUGUCCUGGACGACGGAGACACACCAUGGACCAGCGACUCCGAAGCUGACUCAACCCCCAGCCAAUCAGAAAAUGAUUUCACCAGUGAUUCAGACAUCUCCUCGUCCUCCGCCUGCUCCAGCAGUUCCUGCACCAGUUCAACAAAGUCAACAGUUAGAAAUAAAUCUCAGAAAAGACCUUUAGUAGAAGAUAUAUCAGAACCAGCCGCCAAAUCAACCAGAACGGAAUCCUGA